GGGGUAUGAUCUUCCUUAUUAACUUACCCGCAACAGUCGCAGUGGCGAAGCCAAACGCAAAAUAGAUUCCUUUGUACCGAAAUUUCUCGCAGCAUCUUCAAAUUACUUGCGCUAAACGAAACACUUAUUUGUAUUUGUAUUUUUAUUCUUUUUAGAGUCCGAAACGAAAUAUUUUUCAAUGAUUAAUAUUCCUCGCCUAUUGUUAUCAAUCGACAGAGAGAAGGAGAAGCCUUCAAAUUUCUUGCGCAAAACGAAACAUUUUCAAUUAUAUAAUUUGUUAGCUUAUUCCUAAAUCGAUAGAAGGAGAGAAAGAUCGCUUCAAAAAACAUUUUCAAAUAUAUAAUUUCUUCGCUUAUUGCUUUGAAUCGAGGGAGAGGGAGUGGUGAGGCAAAAUGGUGCUAUGGGAAAUCACUUUGGCAACGGCUUACUUUUUGGGUCUUAAACGAACCUACAGGCUUGCUAUGAAAAUCCAACGGAAGCUCAUCAGCCCUAAGCACCCUAGGGUCCAACAAUUUGUUCAUAGGCGAACUCGGAAUGUGUUUGAUUUAGCACUUACUGCUCAUCGCAAGAUACAAGAGAGGGAUAUUGAUGUUGGUCGGAACCUUGGCAACCGGAUUCUCAGGUGGCUUGAUAGAAUGAAGCCUGCAGCUCAGAUAAAAGGACAAUCUCCACCAACCCCUAAAACAAACAGCAACAUGCCAAAGCAGUUGAGUAAUCAGGGAGGACUCCCAAAAUCUACAGAUAAAAAAUCAGACAGAGAUCUAUUCACGGCUUGUCGAUCCAUCUUACCUAGAACCCGUACCAUUGCGACGAUGAUGGAGCCAACAAGGCCUAUCGGACACAAUGUCCAUUAUAGGCAAUACGUUACUGGUGAUUCGGAGUUUUUCACUGUGAACCACGCGAGAUUUGGCCCUAGGGAAGUGCUUAGGAAUGACAUAAGGCACUGGUGUAUGUAUCACUAAUCCUAUAAGACUUGCGAUUGAAGAAAUUUUGAAAAUGGGAAACAUGUAAAUAGCAGGAAGUUAAGGAGUCGAAAGCCCAGGAUUUUGCUCUGCUCUAGCUGGAAUUGUUUGUUCUUCUUGGUGAUCUAGUUUGCAUUUCUUACACAAUCUUGUUUGAAUUACUGCCUUUCAUUGGCAACCUUGUUGUGCCUCUACGUCAUGCCACUUGUUUGAACAUGCUUGGCCGUUGUAUUUCUUGAACGAACUUGCCAUUUUAAUGGUGAAAAAAGGAAUGUUAUGAUGAAAUUAGUUUCUUGUGCAGAAA